CUCUCUUAGUGGUUUCUUCCAAAUCCCUAAUUUCAAAUCUCUAUCUUUCACGUUGAAACUGAGAAUCUCAAGAUCAAGAAUCGAUCAGAUCUCAUCAUCCAUAAUCGUUCCAACUCUAACAAUGAUUGUUGAUAUCAUACUUCUGUACUCGAGUUAUUUUCAGGAAUCCAAUUGAUGGAGAGUUGACUUCUGAGUGUACGCUUGUGUGAAUUUGAAUUGGAAAAGAAAGCUGAAUGUAACAAUGGCAGGAAACGAAACAGCAGAUAUGAGUGAGCAUGACGACAGUACAGGAGUUCGAGAAGUAUGUGCAAAUGGUCUAAGUAUGAAUACAUUUGAAGUUGAAGCAAAGCUUGACGAAGGAAAUGUUCAAGAAGCUGAAUCCUCUCUACAAGAGGGAUUGUCUCUCAACUCCGAGGAAGCCCGAGCACUUCUUGGGAGACUUGAAUAUCAGAGGGGAAAUGUAGAAGCUGCUUUAAGAGUCUUUGAAGGAAUCGAUUUACAAGUAGCUAUUGAAAGGCUGCAAUCGCUUGCUGAAAAAACAGCAGUUAAGAAGAGAUCUCGAACUGAAUCAAUUCAGAAUAUCCCCCAGCAUGCUGCUAGCCUUGUGCUUGAGGGUGUUUAUUUGAAAGCAAAGUCUCUUCAAAAGCUCGGUAGAUUAACAGAGGCUGCCCAAGAGUGUAAAAAUGUACUAGAUGGUGUAGAAAAGAUAUUCUGUAAUGGAAUACCUGAAAUGAUGGUAGAUAGUAGGUUGCAAGAAACGGUUAGUCGAGCUGCAGAGCUUCUUCCAGAGCUAUGGAAACAGGCUGGUUGCUUCCAAGAAGUAAUGUCCGCUUAUAGAUCUGCUCUUCUUAAUCAAUGGAACCUAGACAAUGACUGUUGUGCAAGGAUUCAAAAGGAGUUUGCAGUGUUUUUACUAUAUAGUGGCGUGGAGGUGGGGCCCCCGAGCUUGUCUGUUCAAAUUGAUGGUUCGUAUGUUCCUAGAAACAAUCUGGAAGAGGCUGUACUCCUGUUAAUGAUUCUCAUGAAAAACAUUUACCUUGGUAAGGUAAAAUGGGAUCCGUCAGUGUUAGAGCAUCUUAAGUUUGCUCUAUCUGUAUGUGGUCAGACGUGUGCUCUUGCAAAACACUUAGAAGAGGUUAUGCCUGGAAUUUUAUCUAGAAAUGACCGUUGGAAAGAAAUGGCACUUUGUUAUAGUGGAGGAGGAGAAGACAAGGUUGCAUUGAAUUUAUUGAGGAAGACUCUGGUUCAUAACGAGAAACCAAAUGAUUUCACCGCUUUAUUAUUGGCUGCCAAGAUUUGUAGUGAGGACCCGUCUCUUGCUGCUGAAGGUGUUGAAUAUGCUCAAAGGGCGAUUUCAAAUGCCCAUGAUGGUAUACAUGAACAUCUCAAAGGUGUUUGUCUUCGCUUGUUAGGUCUUUGUUAUGGGCAACAAGCCAAAGUUUCUUCUUCAGACUAUGAGAGAUCUCGAUUACAAUCUGAGGCAUUGAAAUCUCUAGAUAGUGCGAUAUCUCUGGAAUGUAAUAACUUCGAUCUGAUAUUUGAUUUGGGAGUUCAAUAUGCGAAGCACAGAAAUCUGGAUGCUGCUAUGGUUUACGCGAACAAGUACAUUAAUGUUACGGGUGGUUCUUUACUAAGAGGGUGGAGAUUGCUUGCGUUAAUUUUGUCUGCUGAACAGCGGUUUUCGGAGGCAGAAGUUGUUAUUGAUGCUGCUUUAGAUGAAACUGCUAACUGGGAACAAGGUUCAUUACUCAGGAUGAAAGCUAAACUAAAACUUAGCCGUUCAUUACACACGGACGCUGUUGAAACUUACAAGUAUCUUCUUGCAUUGGCUCAGGCUCAAAAGAACUAUUCCGGUCCUCUUCGAACUUCAAUACAGGCAGAGGAUGAUGAUAAGGUGAACGAGUUUCAAGUAUGGCAUGGGCUUGCUAACUUGUACUCAAGCCUUUCACAUUGGAAAGAUGCAGAGAUAUGUUUGGAUAAAGCUAGAGGCCUCAUCGAGUACUCUGCAGAGACACUUCAUACUGAAGGAAUUAUAUAUGAAGGGCAGGGUGAUACACGAAAUGCUAUGGCUGCAUAUAUUAGCGCUCUCCUAUUAGAUCCUGAAUAUGUACCUUGCAAGAUCUUGAUUGGUUCUAUUAUGGCGAAAGUAACCCCAAAGGGUCUGCCGGUUGCAAGAAGUUUACUAUCGGAUGCAUUAAGGAUAGAACCUACAAACCGGAUGGCUUGGUAUUACUUGGGAUUGGUGCAUAGGGAUGAUGGUCGAUUGGCUGAUGCAAUGGAUUGUUUUCAGGCUGCAUCUAUGCUUGAAGAAUCUAAUCCCAUUGAAUCUUUUGGGUCUGUUUUCUGAUUAGGCCUUUUUUUAAACAUAUAUAGAAAGGUGUAUUUGUUAUUUUUGUACUUUGCAUAUUUAUAUAUUGGCUGUUGUAAGGCUAAUUUUGUAAUUGGUGGCUGUGUUACUGUAACAAUUGUUGCAGAAAUGGGUUUUAAUAAAAUCCAACAUUUAUAUAUGGUUUAUAGUUCUCUUU